AUGCAGGCCCUCCAAUCCUCUUCCCUCCGACCCGCUCCGCUGGACCCGAUUCGGAAACGGACCCCCCAUUUCCCCAUUGUCAGUCCCAGACCCACCAGCUCCAGGCGCGUCUCAUUCAUCUCCGCCUCCUCGGCCCCGGCCGUGUCCGCCCCGAAGCGCGAGAAGGACCCCAAGAAGCGGGUAGUCAUCACCGGCAUGGGCCUCGUGUCCGUCUUCGGCAACGACGUCAAUGCUUACUACGACAAGCUACUCGCCGGAGAGAGUGGCGUGGGUCCCAUCGACCGUUUCGAUGCGUCUAAGUUCCCGACCCGGUUCGGGGGCCAGAUCCAUGGGUUCUCGUCAGAGGGGUACAUUGAUGGCAAGAACGAUCGACGACUGGACGAUUGCCUUCGGUACUCCAUUGUUGCUGGGAAGAAAGCUCUAGAGGAUGCUAAUCUUGGUGGCGAUAAGCGCUCAAAGCUUGAUAAAUCACGGGCUGGAGUGCUUGUUGGAUCAGGAAUGGGUGGUCUUACUGUCUUUUCUGAUGGUGUCCAUGCACUGAUAGAGAAAGGUCACAGAAAAAUAACCCCAUUUUUCAUUCCUUAUGCUAUUACAAACAUGGGGUCUGCGUUGCUUGGUAUUGAUCUGGGUUUUAUGGGACCAAAUUAUUCGAUUUCGACUGCUUGUGCUACUUCAAAUUACUGUUUCUACGCCGCUGCGAAUCACAUUCGUCGAGGUGAGGCUGAUUUGAUGAUUGCUGGCGGAACCGAAGCUGCCUUAAUUCCUGUUGGUCUUGGAGGUUUUGUUGCGUGCAGGGCCUUAUCUCAGAGAAAUGAUGAUCCAAAAACUGCUUCAAGGCCAUGGGACAAAGAUAGAGAUGGAUUUGUUAUGGGUGAAGGUGCCGGAGUAUUGGUAAUGGAGAGCUUGGAACAUGCAACAAAACGAGGUGCACCAAUUAUUGCCGAGUACUUGGGAGGGGCUAUAAACUGUGAUGCUUAUCAUAUGACUGAUCCAAGAGCUGAUGGGCUUGGUGUAUCUACAUGCAUAGAGAGAAGCCUUGAAGAUGCUGGUGUGUCACCUGAGGAGGUUAACUACAUCAAUGCGCAUGCCACUUCCACUCUUGCUGGUGACUUGGCCGAGAUAAAUGCUAUAAAGAAGGUGUUCAAGAACACUAGAGAUAUUAAAAUCAAUGCAACUAAGUCUAUGAUAGGGCACUGUCUUGGUGCUUCUGGGGGUUUGGAAGCUAUUGCUACAGUUAAAGCCAUAACAACGGGAUGGCUGCAUCCUUCCAUAAAUCAAUUUAAUCCAGAGCCUUCAGUGGAGUUUGACACUGUUGCCAAUGUAAAGAAGCAGCAUGAAGUAAAUGUUGCCAUAUCAAACUCAUUUGGAUUUGGUGGACAUAACUCUGUCGUCGCCUUUUCUGCAUUCAAGCCCUGA